UACCUUUGGCGAUUUCCAGACAUUGUAACACCAAAACAGCGAACAAGCUCACUGGUUCAUUGCUCAACAGAAAGCCCACCAUGCCGAAUAACCAAGAGGACCUUGAUCUCCUUCUCUCUCUUCAGGAAAGGGUUAUGGAAACCCCUCCUGCUUCUCCUUCAAACCAAUCUCAAGCGGACCUAUCCGAUGAUGGGUCGCCGAGGCGAUUGGGAAAGGCGGACAUGUCUGUCUUUCGAAAUGCAGUUGAAGAUUGUCUUGAUUAUGAGCCCAAACCCAUAAAAAAAGCCCCCAAAUCAAACCACUUGAAGAGCUCAAACGACAUUAAGGUUGAAAAGUUUUCGGGUUUGCGGAUUCGGAAUCAAUUGGUCUCGCCUACAGAAUUGAGCAACCGCAUCUCAGAUAUUCGGUUUGUUCGGUUACCAGCAAUAAAGAAUCUGCUAAAAGGGGACACUCUUUCUGGAUGUUGGGCAACAAUUGGAGUUUUAACUGAGAAGGGGAUUCCGAGAACAAGUUCGACAGGGAAGGCAUAUUGUAUAUGGAAAAUGGGGUGCUUAGAUGAGAAGACUAUUUCUGUUUUCUUAUUUGGUGACGCUUAUCAGAAGAAUUGUAAAGAGGAGGUUGGAACGGUCUUUGCUUUGUUCAAUUGCACCGUUCGCAAGGACACUUGGGAAAAUGGAUUUUCCUUGAGUGUGUAUUUUGCUGGUCAAAUUUUAAUGAUGGGCACUUCUUUGGAUUAUGGGGUGUGCAAAGGAAAAGGGAAGGAUGGGAUGGCGUGCACAUUAGUCAUUAAUAAACGCCGUGGUAUGUACUGCAGAAUCCAUAAAUCGAAAGCCUCUGAGACAUAUUCCAAUAGGAGAAAUGAACUCAAAGGAGGGAAUUUAAAGACAGCAUUCAGGGAUCCUCUUCAGUCAGAAGGAAUUUAUUUGGUAGACCCUCUGGCCGACAGGACAAACCUAACAAAGCCCAAGCAGCCACUGAAGUUAUUAUCUGUGGAUGGACUGAAAAAGGCAUUAAGCAAUGCAAGCAAAGUGACAACAAAUGCACACUCUCAAGGAAUAAGAUUUCUCACUGAGAUCACAGGAAAAAUUGUUUCAAAAACUAUGGUAAAAGAAUCUGCAAAGUCAAGCCCAUUAAUGAAUAACUCGUUGAAGAGGUCAUUGCCAGUUGAGGGAAAGAAUCAGCCUAUGGUUAAAACAAGUCAACAACUGAAUACAAAAAGAUUAAAAACAGAGCAGGUGCAGGCUUCAGCAGAUAAAACUAAGCAGUUUACAGAAAAGAUGAUUGAAUUGGACUUAGUUAGUUCAGAUGAAGAAAUUUUUGAGUGACCAUCGUUGAGCCUAUGCAUUGUGGAAUGAACGUUACAAAGCAAUUAGAACUCGUAACAAACUUUAUGUUUGAUGGGCUGCUUGUUAGUUGAAAUUUUUGAGUCUCCAUUAGAACGGGGUCGGUUUCCUCCACGAGUGGACUCGAAUUUCAUUGAUUUGUUUGAUAUGGCUACUCACGACUACUGAGCUAUAUUUCUAAUUGUAUUGACAAGUCUGUACUGUAAUAUAAUGUUUAGUGUCAUGCGAAAAAGAUGGGCAGGUUGAAGAGUGGAGCAGUGUAGCUUGAUAAUUAUUCAUACAAGUCGUUUAAAGUUUAAUAUGUUCCAUUGUUUGAUUAAGUUAAUUUUCAGGACUUACUUGUAAGAUGACAUUUCUGAUGUUGACUUGAUACUUGGAAUUGAUUUUAAAUUCAUG